AUGAUCGCGCCGGCAGAAGGUCAGACAAGGUUGCAAAUACCAGUCUUGAAAACGGAGUGGGCGGGGUCGGCGCCAGAGGCCUCGUGUCUUCUGGCCUACCUGGCGUUGCGAUAUGAAGGUGCUCUGAUUGCCACAUCGAGGUCAUUCGAAUCCUACGAGUCGGGAGAAGCCAAGUACGACUUCAGUUAUGCCGUUCAGCACGAAGACUCCGGCAACGACUUCGGCCACGAGGAAGCCCGUGACGGCGACCACACUCAGGGAUCCUACUACGUGAGGCUUCCCGACACCCGUCUGCAGAGCGUCAAGUACUUCGUGGACGGCGACUCCGGCUACGUGGCUGAGGUCAGCUACGAGGGCGAGGCUCGUUUCCCCGACUCCUUCGAGUCCCGGGAGUACAGGCCACCAAGGCCAGUCUACACCUACGGCUCCAACGAGUCCAAUUAA